AGCGGCAGACCUGCCCGAACAUGAGCGGGCACAGCAGCGCGACUCCCACCACGAGAGUUUCCGAGGACGCGAGGACGGUGGAGGACGUCGAGCGAGCGGCGUUGGCCAGACUGGAUCCCGUACCUCGUGUCUACUUCACCAUGGGCGAGGACCGGGACCAGACGGUGUCCGAGAACAAGGUCGCAUUCACGAGGCUCCGCCUUCUACCAAGACUACUGAGGGGCGUGGCCGUCCGCAGCCUGGAAGCGACCGUGCUUGGAGCAAAGAUUAGCAUGCCAGUGGGCAUAUCGCCCGCGCCUUUCCACAGGAUGGCUCACCCCGACGGGGAGAAGGCCACCGCCAAAGCGGCGGAAGCUGCUGGCACGGUGAUGAUUCUCAGCAUGUUCAGCACCACUUCUCUGGAGGACGUCAGAGAUGCCGCGCCUGGCGCUCUGCUUUGGUUACAGGUGUUCAUUCACCCGGACCGGACGGCUACAGAACGGCUGGUGGCCCGGGCACAGCAGGCGGGCUACAAAGCCCUGUGCUGCACGUUAGACGCACCCGUGGGCGGAACCAAGUCUGGAACUUUCGGGGAGUACCUCAAGCAGUACUCGCACAAGCUCAGAGCAGCCAAUUUUGACGACGAUGAUGCCAAACAAGGUGGCAAGUCACUCGCCCAGGCGUUCCUGGAUCCGGGUCUGACAUGGGAUGACUUGGCUUGGCUCAAGGGCGUAUCCAUCUUACCCAUCGUCGUCAAGGGGGUCCUGACAGCGGAGGCGGCCGUUCAAGCCGCGGAUCACGGAGCCUCAGCGAUCCUGGUGUCCAAUCACGGAGGCCGGCAGCUGGACGGGGUUCCAGCGACCAUCGAGGUGCUGUCCGACAUUGUCCGAGCCGUGGGUCAUCGGUGCGACGUCUACCUGGACGGCGGAGUGCGCCUGGGCACCGACGUGGUCAAGGCGCUGGCACUGGGCGCACGCGCCGUGUUCGUCGGAAGGCCGGCCAUUUUUGGCCUCGCCUACAACGGCCAAGAAGGAGUGACCAAAGUACUGGAGAUUCUUCGCUCGGAGACUGAUCGCGCCAUGGCCCUAAUGGGUUGCCGGUCCGUCAGCGAACUUCACUCGGGAAUGGUGGUUCGCCAGGAACGCUUGGCGAGGCUCUGACGCGUUGCGCGCGUCCCAUUCCGCCUCGCGACCUGGACUGCUGGGAACUGUGACGGCCCCUUCGCGAGUUGACUGUUGCCGCCGUUGAAAUUGCUGUCGCGC